UAGUCCUAGCCAUGGUGUGCAUGGCCACAAUGCUGGGCUAUUGCGUGUGGUACGACUAUCAACGACGCAUGGAUCCCAACUAUAGGCGAAAAGUGCACGAGCGUCGCAACUGCAGUAAUACUGAUAAUGGCCCGGAAGAUGAACCAUUGGAGUCGUGUUCGGUGGAAGAAUGUGCCGCCACAUAUGAGGAGCAGAUGACUGAGGUGAUUGAGGAACCGGAACGCAGAUGGCCGGCAUUCGAUUACGCCGCUCUGGAGAGCUACUUUCGGCAAGAGCUGAUGCUGGGAGAGGCGCUCUGUAGCAGCUACAACUAUACGGAUGGUGUUACCCACUAUGCCAAUGCCUUGCUCGUCACCAUGGAACCUCUGCGACUGCUCAAUGUGCUGGAGGAGAUGUUGCCGCCCCGGGUAUUCUCGAUGCUGAUGCAUCGAAUAAAGCAUAUACAGAAACAGAAGAGGCGACUGAGCAGCAACUACGGAGAGUUCUAUGACUGCGACUCGGACUCCCUGGAUGGCUAUGAAAACUUGGCGAUGGCCUGGCAUGAAACGGCUGGCUAUUGACCAAGAAAGUAGUCAGUCAGCCAAAUUCUCAGUAUCUCCUUCGACGGAGCAACAGAACCAACAACAACAACAACAACCAGUCCGGUCAACAGCUGGCGGCUACAAAAACGCAAGCAACAACAGCCAAGACACGUGCAGUCUAUAAAAGGAUUCAAUAUUGAAAUUAAUUCACAAUAGGGCUAAGAAAUGGGUGGCAAAAAAAAAGAAAUAAUAGCGAGGCAAAUGAAUUACGAUAAGCAGCAGGCAGGCUACAGUAAAUAAUAAUAGCAACAAACGCCCCUUCGAGUACAAAAGUAGAAAGGCAACCGAAAGGGGUGCAGAAUUACACCGAAAUUAAAAAUGGGAAAACAAAACAUUGGACUUGACUGGAGCACAAAACCUUAGCCAAGUUUAUGGCGACCAAGUUAAGGCGACUUGGAUGUGCACUGCAGGCAGCCAUUAAAAAGUCUUUAUGCUAAGUAGUGCCCUCAAUCGGAGAGAGAAGAAUUACAGAAAUUUGUCAAUUCUGCAGCUAAGAGAGAAUUGUAAGAAAAAAACUCUUUUCAAAGGUGAAAGAGUGAGUGGGAGAGGGGGACGGGGGGAGUUUGUUGGGAGAGAAAGGGAAUAAAACGGACAAAGACAGUGAAUAGACAAUCUUAUCUCAGUAAUUAUGAGUCUUUAUAUCACUAGCUCUAGGAAAAAAGUGCCAAACCAAACGAUCGCAUCAACCAACCAAAGAACCUUCUUAGCUUAGCCAAAAAGCUGAGAGCCAAGAGAGUUUAAUAACCAGCCAAUAAGAGAAUGUCUCAUGCCUUAACUGAGAUUAGUUAAACGUUUCAUACUUGUUUAAAAAUUUAGCCCUAAACUUAACUGAGAUUAGUUAAGCGAUUAACACUCAGUUGAAGCGUGAGAAGACAUUCGUCUUCUUAGGAUAGCCAAGCUGCAGUUGUAACUAGAAAAGCGAUCCUGUCUUGACUGAGAAACGUGAGCCUUAGAAAGAUUUAACUUCUGGCAAUCGAACUAGCCAUCGUGCCAAUUGUAGCGCCCGCCCAAUGGGCUAAAGCAAGAAAUUAUUGAAAGUGUAUGAAAAUAAAAAAGUGUAUGAAAGCAAAA